GCUUAUUGAACAUACAGAGUCUAGUGAGGAGGAUCUCCAAAAUGUUAAUGAUUAAAAUUGUUAUAUAUCCAGAUUAAGCAUUGUUCAGUUAAAUUUUAGAUCUAAAUAUUCAUAGUUAUAUCACUUGUCUUACUCUAUUAGUCAUUAUUAUUUGUUUGAUUAAACCUAGUGUGCAUGCGUAUGUGUUAUAAUGUAAUUCUGCAGAUAUAGACAUGUCUGAUGCUGGUGGCCAGAUUGUUCUACGGAUUAUCGGGGGUUGUUUUACCCCAGAUGGUCAUAGAGUAGCUGCAUACAUCACCUCGAAAUUUAAAGAGCGAUUUAGUCCCGCUGGUACUACAUGGAAGCGGGUAGACCCAGAUAUGAAGCAAUUUUAUUACGAUGAGUUUUUGAAAAGAUAUACUUGGGAGACAGAGCACGAGGCAGAAUUUUAUGCUACCUGGAAUGCAGCUUGUGCCAAACUAUACAAAGACAUGCUAUAUAAAGCAAGACAAAAGGGAAUAAAACCAUCCUAUGUACCUGAGAACAUUUGGGAUGCAUGGCGAGCCAUUUGGGUCGUAGACAGAUGGCAGGAAAAUGCAAUGAAAGCUCGAGCCAAUAGAAAGAGUGAGCUGGCUGGCCCUAGUACUGGAGCAACAAAACAUACUGCUGGAUCCCGAUCGAUUGUCGAGCAUGCCUUAGACUUGGAACAUGAUCUACAGCGACCUCCUACUUGUUGGGAGAUAUUUACCAAGACACACAAGUCAAAAGAUGGCAACUUUAUAGAUCGUCGAUCAUCGGCAUUAGACGAAGAAAUUGCUGCUAGGGUUGCACAGGCAUCUCAGCCUAGUUUAGAGGGAGGUGAGGAGCAGACUCUAUCCACUGACCAGAUAAAUGAAAUUUAUUAUGAUGUGGUUGGUGGAAGGAAAAAGACCUCCACCCUAUAUGGUCUUGGGGCUCAGGCGAGAGUUGUAUAUGAUCAAGCGAUGGCUCCUAGGGCCAGGGGUCGUCCCAGCACAUCAUCGAGUGCAUCCGAAUCAUCUGCUAGAGUAGACGUCUUAGAACAGGAAAACGCAGAUUUGAAGACUCGACUCUCGACCUUGGAGGCUGAAUUUCGAGUAGAGCGGCAAUCCCGAUUGGAUCUUGAGAAAAUUGGGUGGGAUAUGCAGGCCUUCUUGGAUCAAAUGAGUGCAACGCCGCAUCGUUUUGCCUCUCAGGAGACUCAAGUGUUAGGACCGAAAAGUAGCUAG